CUGCCAAUAACCAGGUGGGCCUGCUUCUUGAAAGCGGUUUUCUCUGCGUUCGGUUGAAAUGGCUGAUUUUUCGGACGACCUGUUCAGCGUUUUUGAUCAAAAUACAGAAAAUGGGCAUGUGCCUGAAGUACCAGUACCAUCAAGGGAGGCGCCCUCCACAUCAGCGGCUUUCAAAUCAAAAUCGGGCUCUACAGAUACCAAGUCAGCUGCAGUCGUUAAAAGAGAGUUCCCUGAUGACGAUGAAGAUGAGGGAAACAGUAAAAAGACAAAGCUAGAGGGACUGAUUGACGACAUCAAUCUGGAAGAAAUCAGUUCACGCAUCAAAGUGCAUACUGUUGAAACUGUAGGAGGUUGUGUCCAUGAAGUUGCAGUGCCACCAGAUGUGGAAUAUGUCCCACUGAAGGCAUCGACAGGCAAACCAGCCAAAGAGUACGCAUUUGUUCUGGACCCUUUUCAAAAUGAGGCUAUUAUGUGCAUUGAGAACAAUCAAUCUGUACUUGUCUCCGCACACACAUCUGCAGGAAAAACUGUCACAGCUGAGUAUGCUAUUGCUCAAUCUUUGCGAGAUAAGCAAAGAGUAAUCUAUACAACACCUAUCAAAGCCCUGAGUAACCAGAAAUACCGUGAAUUCUAUGAGGAGUUCAAAGAUGUUGGCUUGGUGACUGGAGAUGUCACAAUUAACCCAUCAGCAUCAUGCCUCAUUAUGACAACUGAGAUUUUGAGGAACAUGUUGUACCGAGGUUCUGAAAUUAUGAGGGAAGUCGGUUGGGUGAUUUUUGAUGAAAUCCAUUACAUGAGAGACAAAGAGCGAGGUGUUGUCUGGGAAGAAACUUUGAUCCUGCUUCCAGACAAUGUUCACUAUGUGUUUCUCUCUGCUACAAUUCCCAAUGCUCGUCAAUUCGCCGAGUGGGUCGUCCACCUUCACCACCAGCCAUGCCAUGUGGUCUACACAGACUAUCGUCCUGUUCCAUUGCAACACUACAUAUUCCCAAAUGGAGGAGAUGGAAUUCAUCUCGUUGUAGAUGAAAACGGUCAAUUUAAAGAGGAAAAUUUUAACACAGCCAUGUCUGUCUUGGCCAAAGCUGGUGACAAUGCCAAAGCACCAGAGCGUGGCCGCAGGGGUGGUGUCAAAGGAGGAAAUGAUACAAGUUGCUUCAAAAUUGUCAAAAUGAUUAUGGAAAGAAAUUUUGCUCCUGUUAUCAUUUUCUCCUUCAGUAAAAAGGACUGUGAACUUUAUGCUAUGCAAAUGGCAAAGCUGGAUUUUAAUAGUUUGGAGGAUAAGAAGCUUGUUGAUGAAGUUUUCAACAAUGCUAUGGAUGUGCUCUCAGAAGAAGACAAAAUGUUGCCUCAAGUUGAAAAUGUUUUACCUCUUUUGAGACGUGGUAUAGGUAUCCAUCAUGGAGGUUUACUCCCGAUUUUAAAGGAAACCAUUGAAAUUCUUUUUGCGGAAGGUCUUAUCAAAGCUUUGUUUGCUACUGAAACAUUUGCCAUGGGCCUGAACAUGCCUGCAAGAACUGUAAUGUUCACUGGAAUGAGAAAGUUUGAUGGAAAAGAUUUCAGAUGGGUCACAUCUGGAGAAUACAUUCAGAUGUCUGGAAGAGCUGGCCGAAGAGGUCUUGAUGAGAAAGGUAUUGUCAUCCUGAUGGUGGAUGAGGCUGUCUCCCCUGAAGUGGGUCGUGAUAUGGUUCAGGGCCUACCGGAUCCCAUCAAUUCCGCUUUCCAUCUUACAUAUAACAUGGUCCUCAACCUUUUACGAGUGGAGGAAAUUAAUCCAGAGUACAUGCUGGAGAGAAGUUUCUUCCAAUUCCAAAAUCAUUCAAUCAUUCCAGAUCUUUAUCAAAAGGUUUGUCAACUGCAACAAGAAUUCGAAGGAGUUGUUGUUCCAAAAGAGGCCCAGGCAGAGUCGUAUUAUCACAUCCGUACUCAACUUGAAAACCUAGGGAAGGUGUAUCAGAGCUACGUUACUCAGCCACAGUAUUUGAUUCCAUUCCUGCAGCCAGGCCGAAUGGUGAAGAUAAAGCAUGAUAAUGAUGAAUAUGAUUGGGGCAUAAUCAUAAACUUCAAGAAGCAAGAUGUUCAGUCAGGGCGAGGCCGAGGCCGUGGAGGACACUCCAACCCGUCUCGCGAACCGCCGCAAGUCAUCGUUGAAGUGCUUCUCCAUGUGUCUGGAGAAGAUGACCAGCCUACCAAACCGUGUCCUGCUGGUGCAACGGGAGACAUGGAAGUGGUCCCUGUCCUUAGCUCUUUGAUAACCAAAAUUAGUUCCUUGAGGAUACACUAUCCUAAGGACUUGCGUCCCCCAGAUAACAGGAAAUCAGUCCACAAAACAUUGCAGGAAGUGAAAAAGAGGUUCACUGAUGGGCCCCCUCUUCUCAAUCCAGUCACUGAUAUGCAUAUUAAGGAUGAUGUAUUUUUGGACUCUGUGAGGCAGAUUGAAACCUACGAGCAGCGUUUGUAUGCUCACCCCCUUCACAAAAGUGAGGACCUCCAGCAUAUUUAUGCUUUGUACCUGAAAAAAGUUGAAAUUGGCAAUCAACUGAAGCUUGCUAAGGGUGAAUUAAAACAUGCAAAAUCUUUGUUGCACAUGGAUGAACUUAAAUGCAGAAAAAGAAUUCUCAGAAGAUUAGGUUAUUGCACUGAUGGUGAUGUAAUUGAACUCAAGGGAAGGGUAGCCUGCGAACUUAGUGGGUGUGAUGAGUUGUUGAUGACUGAAAUGAUUUUCAACGGCUUGUUUAAUGAUUUGACUGUGCCACAGUGUGUGUCACUCAUCAGUUGUUUUGUUUGUGACGAAAAGAGUUCUCAGAAUCCAAAGAAAUCUGAAGAAUUAUCUGGACCUCUCAGACAAAUGCAGGAUUUGGCCAGAAGAAUAGCCAAAGUGAGCUCAGAGGCAAAGUUAGAAAUUGUUGAAGAUGAUUACGUUAGUCAAUUUAAGCCAUUUUUGAUGGAUGUAGUUUAUUCAUGGUGUAAUGGUGCAUCAUUUCUUGAGAUUUGCAAGAUGACUGAUAUUUUUGAAGGCAGCAUCAUUCGUUGUAUGAGAAGACUUGAAGAAGUGCUGCGACAACUGUGUCAGGCAGCUAAAAACAUAGGAAACACCAACCUUGAAAACAAAUUCAGUGAAGGAAUCAAACUAAUGAAGAGGGACAUUGUUUUUGCUGCCAGUUUGUACCUAUGAUUUCUUAUCUGUACUUUCCAAAUUGCAGAGUUGUCUUUCGGACAUAUUUAUACAUGAGAUAUAAACUUAUGCUUUUUUCUCAAGAUCACUGAUGCAUUUUUGUUACCUAACUUUAUCUCUUGUGCCAGAAUAAAUUUCAUGAAUUCAGUCGAUUUUAAUCAAUAGGA